UGGGAUCAAUCACCAAAAAGCCCAUAUAAAAAUACCCAUUCAAAACCUUCAAUCACACACCUCUUCUCUUUUCCCAUCUCUCUCUCUCUCUCAAAAUGUGUUCAUCUCUCCCCCUCUCUUUCUUCCUCCUCCUCUUCACUUCCACCCUCUCGCCGCCGUCCACGGCGGCCCCCACCGGCGAGACGUCGUUUGUCUACGGCGGCUGUUCUCAGUCCAAAUACACUCCGGGCUCAACCAUCGAGUCAAAUCUCAACUCCCUCCUCACUUCUCUCCUCAACUCCGCCUCCUUCACUCUCUACACAAACUUCACUGUCGCCGGCGCCAGCGACGGCGACACCGUGUACGGCCUGUACCAAUGCCGUGGCGACCUCGAGAACAUGGCCUGCGCCAAAUGCGUGACGCACGCUGUGGCCCAGCUCGGUUCGUUAUGCCUUGACGCGUGCGGCGGCGCCUUGCAGUUGGAGGGGUGUUUUGUGAAGUAUGACAAUGUGAGCUUUUUGGGAGUGGAGGACAAGACGGUGGUGGUGAAAAAGUGUGGGGCGGUGAUGGGGUAUGAUUCCGGCGGGUUGGCUAGAAGGGAUGCUGUGUUGGCAUAUUUAGCGGCGGCCGACGGCACUGGUGGGUAUCGGCCGUUUAGAGUGGGUGGUUCUGGGGAUGUUCAAGGGGUGGCGCAGUGCGUUGGGGAUUUGGAUGCCAUGGAGUGUCAAGACUGUGUUGCGGCCGCGGUCGGCCGACUUAGGACGGACUGUGCCGCAGCGGGGUGGGGCGAUGUUUUCUUGGGGAAAUGCUAUGCUCGAUUCUCCCAUGGCGGUGUUCGGCCUCAUGGUGGCAGUGGCAGUAGCGGUGGCGGAAAUGAUGGUAGAAACGACGACGUUGAGAUUGAGAAGACGUUGGCAGUAAUAAUUGGACUAAUUGCUGGGAUUGCCUUCAUUGUUGUUUUCCUCGCUUUCCUCAGCCAUUAUUGUGACAAACGAAAAGGUGGCAAAUGAUGUCGAUUUUCCCAUGGAUGAUUCUAGAAUCAAAUUUCAUCCAACAUCUUCUUUUGAAAUUUAGCUAUGGCUAAUUUGCUGGUGGAUUCUUCUCUUUAUAGUAAAAGAAAAGGAAAAAAAAAAAAACAAAACAAAAUCCUUUUUAGUUUCUCCAUCUCUUGUUAUUCUCUCUUUAAAAGAAAACCACACAGCUUGAGAGUAUAUAAAAAGAAGUGAUGUUGCAAUGCUAUAAAAAGGGGUUGGUUCAUUGAAAGAAAGCUACAACAACAAAGAGAAAAAAGCUCAAAAGAUUCGACAUGUCGGACCCACUCAACUUCAAGUUUUAUCUUCAUAUCAAUUAAUUACAUCUUGCUUUUUUUUUUUUUUUUCCCUUUUUUCUUUCCACUAUUGAUAUAUUAAUUGAGAAUUAAUAUAUAUUUGAUUGAAUGCCCUUUUCUUUUAUGGGAAAAAGAAAAGAAAAAGAAAAGAUGUACUAUGGGAUGUGUGUUUCUUUGUGGGUAUGAUGAAAGUUUCUCUUGUCUCUACUUUAUAUUAAUGUUGGUAAUUAAUUAAACAUUUUGCUA